CAGUAGUUAAAUAAUCGAUAUAACACCCGCCAAAAUGUGUGCCUGUGUACAUGAAAGUGUCGCGUUUGUUGAUUGUUGAUGGUUUGGUGUUUUUACCCGAACAAGCAGUGAAUAGAGAAUAUUCAGAGUGGAAAUAUAGCUGCUGAGUUUUUCUAGACAAAUAAUUAUCCGAAGAUGCCACCCAACAGAAGACCGAUGAGAUAUGCUCACGCUGAUGGCCACACAGACGUCUGCUAUUCUCAGGAUGGCAAAUACAUUCUGACUUGUGGAAGUGACGGCGAUGUUCGUAUAUGGGCGGGACUUGAAGACGACGACUCGACGUCACAGUGUGUUGGUGAGAAAGCCUUGGCUGUCACACAGAAGGGCAGCUAUUUUUAUGUUGGAACAGACAAUAAUAAUGUUCAGGCAUAUACCUUCCCAGAUGCGAACAGAGACCAGAUUGUUACAAGAUUUUCUGCUCCUGUGACCCAUGUAGCUGUUAGUGAAAAUGGGAAGAAAGUCUUUUCUGGGUCAUUUGACACGGAGAUACACAUCACAGAUUUGGACACGUCUCAGUCACAGGUAUUGAGUGGGCACACUGCACCUGUUCUCUCUGUUGCAGUCGACCCAGCAGAAAAAUAUUUGGUAUCUUCAAGCUGUGAUGGAACAGCAAGAGUGUGGUCCCUGGAUACACUAGAGACAGAGUACACUUGGCAGUGUAUUCCGGUGAGCAAUUCUUUCUACACAACAGAGGUACUCUGUCGACCAUCUUGGCAGCCUACCUCUGGCCGUUAUUUGGCCUUACCUGAGGAUCGUAAUGUACGACUGUAUGAGCGUGCAUCCUGGCGAAAGGUGGCGUCACUGGGAGAUGAGAAGGCGAGAAAGGCUUUUUCAAUCUGCGCUUUCUCACCUUGUGGCCAGUAUAUCGCAGGAGCUACAACAGGUGGUGACAUAUGUAUCUGGAAUGUCAAUAGUCAGUCCAAAGUUGUAAUAGUGCAGCAUGAUCAGACUGUGUGCAUAUGUGGACUGGUGUGGAACCCUUUGAGCAAUGGAGAAAUAGCCUACUGUGAUUUCACUGGUCAGCUGGGCACAGUGGAGGACUGCCUACCAGUGGAAGAAGCUAAGGUUACAGAAAUCGUUAAUGGUAUACCUGCUAUUGACAGGGUAUUUGAGAAUGAAGAAGAAGAUGAUGCGGAGAACGUAUUCUCUCUUGAGAAGAUAAAAGCAUCUGUUGCUGUACCAACACAAGAAGGCAGUACCCUAGGAGAUGAAUUAGAUAUACCUGAUGCUUUAGAUGAUGAAGACGAUAUCGAGAGCAAGAAAAGUACUCUUGCGAAGGCUGAUCUGCUAGAUGUUGUUUGUGAAGUUCAAGCACCUUUCCAACCAUCGUCAUCUCCAGUCCAUCUUCAGCAUAGAUAUAUGGUAUGGAACUCUGUUGGUAUUGUUCGUUGCCAUGACACAGAAGAAGAAAAUUCAAUUGAUGUGGAGUUCCAUGAUACAUCAGUUCACCAUUCAAUACACAUGCCCAACUUCCUGAAGCACACACUUGCAGCCUUGACUGAAGAAAUACUUGUACUAGCUUGUGAAGCUCAGGAAGAAUCCAGCAGCAAGGUGGUGUGCGUGUUGCUGUCUUCGUGGGAUGGAUCUCGAGAGUGGACAGUUGAGAUGCCUGCUGGGGAGGAAGUGCUGGCUGUUGCUGCAGGACAAGGCUGGCUGGCAGCUGCUACUGACAUUCGCAACCUGAGGCUGUUCACAUCAGCAGGCACACAGAGGGAGGUGGUAUCACUGCCAGGUCCUGUGGUGUGCCUCGCCGGAAGGCAGAAGCAGCUGAUGGUUGUCUGUCAUGGAGGAGCUGGAUUGAUAUUUUCAUUGAUAGCUGUGAGGGAUAAUGUUGUAACAACAGUCUCUGCAUAUGAGCAGCUGCCACUUGCUCCAAAGGCACAGCUGCACUGGGUAGGUUUCACUGAUGAAGGUACUCCCUGCACCACAGAUUCAGCUGGAGUUGUACGUUUCCUUUCUCGUAAAGGAUAUUGGAGUCCUGUUUGUGAUACAUCUUCCCAGACUAGUGGCAAGUCAGACCAUUACUUUGUGCUGGGUGUGAGUGAACGGUACCAGAACGUGAGAUGUGUGCUGUGUAAGGGAGCCAGGUACCCGCCUACUGUGCCACGGCCAGCUGUUGUGGAACUGUCCUUAAAGAUCCCACUCUGUGAAGAAGCAACUGAAAAGGCUGGACUAGAAGAAAAAUUUUGGCGAUCUCAGCUACUUUUGGGUGGUGUAGAAGCCUUAAGUAGAACUGAUGACAACUACUUGAAUGAAAAAGAUGCAAUUGAAACUACUAUAAAGGAGACCAUCAUCAAGUUAUUUGCUCUUGCCUGCAAGAGUGGUCUGGAACAACGAGCAGCUGAACUUGGAGCAUUGAUGCCAUCUCAGCAAGUUCUUCAGUUAGCCAUGAAAUAUGCUACCAAAGUGGGCAAGCAUCAUCUUGCUGAUCGCCUUUCUGAGGAUGCUGCUAAACGUGAACGUGAGCGCCUCACACCGGAGAUUACUGCCAUCAUGUCGGGGAGUGGUGCAUCUCACAAGAGGUAUGUCUUGGAGUCUUCAGAGAGCCAGAAUGGAUGGUCUAGCUCAAAUGGGGAUGCCGUUACAGAUGAUUACGAUCCAUUCGCAAGCACCCCAACAAAUAAUGCCACACCCGAACAUGGAAACCUUCUUCUGGCUGCUAAGCAAAGAAAGAAUAGUGUGCCUGAAAUCCGGCCGACAUUGUCUCUUAGCCAACGGAAACACAACCCAUUCAGAAAAAAUGCUGAACGACGAGAAAUUGGCAAGGGCUUAGAGAAUAUGAAUAAUGCUUUCCUUGAAAAACAAAAUUCCAAGAACAAACAAAAUUCCACAGAAACAGCACAACCAACUGUGAAGACAAAACAAACAAAACUGAUGAGCAAGCCUUCAAAUGCCCAAGAACCUGCUAGUAAGAGUCCACUUCCUUUCGUCCAGUGGUUCCAGAAGGAAAGGCCAGCAAUGCAGGAAGAGUUCCCGGAUAUGAAUUCCUCCGAGUUGACGAGAGAGGCUAUGAAGCGAUACAAGGAAGUGAGACAGAAACAAAAAGAACAACAACAAGAACAGAAUGGUGAAUGUGUGCAGAAGUUAGGUUCCUUUGAGAACUGGUUUGAGGAAGAGAAGAGUAAUUUGCAGAAGGAAUUUCCAGGUGUGACACAACAAGAGUUAGCAACUGAGGGUCUUAAAAGAUAUCGAGACCUACUGCAGAAGAAGAGGAGGGAAGAAAAAGAAAAGGAGGCAGCUAGCAAGUCUGACUACUCUGAAAGUGUAGAAGUCGGAAGUGAAAGUAAAAAGAGAAAGGCCCAGGAGGAGGCAGGAUCACAAGACAAAGUGGCAAAAAUACUAUCAUCAGACAUUGCACAGUUUGCUUUCAAGAAGUCAUAAUGGUUUCUCAUAGCACAUUUUUUUAAAUCAUUGUGUGUAUAUAUCUUGAAAUGUCCUUGUAUCAGGGAUGUUUACUGCCCGCUCUUUCGUCACUGUUGAAUCAACAGAUUUUUCAUAUUUCACUUGAAAAGAGAACAUUGAUGAACUUUUGUACCAAGAUAUUUUUUAUGUGGAGAAAGAAUGAAAGUGACAUUUGAGAAAAUUAAUUGUAGUUUCUAUCAUGAGAACAAAAAUGCUAACAGUAUGACAAUAUAAUGUGUCUUUAGUAAUAUUGUGGACAGUUUUAUCCCCAUUUUCAUGAAAUUUAAAGUUGCUUUAAAGCACAGAUUUAUGUCUCUAGAAAAUUAAAAUUUUAAGAGUUAAAUAUGGGAGACUGGCACUUCCUUAUAAUGCUUUACAGCACUUGACUGAUCUUCACAAGACGUACUGGAUGACAUUGAGCACUGUGCAACAAUGAAGGUUUCUAGUCAUUCCUUCACAUUUUGUGUUCUAUAGGAAAUUUUAAUGUAACUAUUAUAAUAGUCUGACUUUCUUUGCGUCUUUAUAAGAAAUUAUAUUAAUAGCACAUUUGUACUGUUGGGAAUGUUAUCAAUAAAGGUGAAAGUAGAUAAAAAAAAUUAGUAGCCCUCAGGGAAUAAUCUACUGCAGGAAAGCCCAAGUUUCUAUUUUCAGAACGUGCACCUCAUAAAUUUAUAUAAAUGGUCACAUAAGUAUUUUACUUCUCUAAUGUUGGAAAAUACAGGAUGGAAUAAUGUCAAUAUUAUGAAAAGGAUAGUUGCUACUCUCUCCGUAUAGCAGAGAUGCUAGUCACAGAUGGACACAACAAAAAGACUGUCAGAAUGUAAGCUUUCGGCCAACAAGGCUUCAUUGCGCAUGCUCACACACACACACACACACACAGAG